AUGAUAAUGCGGAAACUCGAAAGGAACUGUAUCGAUCCACCAGUCAACACGNCGUCUGCCGCUGAACUCAAAUCUGUACAUAAACAAGUACGAUUGGACAAGCAGCCUGCCCCAGUGCAUUUGGCUAUUGAAAGCGUUCAAACAGUUAUUGCGGCAGAUCAAGACACCGAAGAUCAAACUCGAUCAAUUGCCGCUCUAGAAGUGCGUAGUGCCGAAUUGGUUGCUAAUAGCCCAUUGUCCUAUUGUGAUACUAACAAACUUACAUUAGAUCCACCAGCUGUGAGUUCCGUUCAUCCUACACGAGAGCCAGACGAAAAAGCCCAAUGGGUUUCAUGCGAGCCUGGUGCCGGAACGGAGGAACCAAUAUCCCCAGACCCACACAGCAUGAAUUACCACACUAUUUCAGCACGCUCCUUGACAUCACUGGAUCUGGAUGUUAUUGCUUCUUCCUGUUUAAUCAAUUUGUCCGGGGCCGAUGCACAUAGCAAUAAUGAUGAAGAUACUCUAGAAUUUCCUCGGACCACUCUGUUUAUCCCUGGACCUGAGCCGUUUGCAUGCCAGAAUGUCAGUAUGGCAUCUACAUCGCAUGCCUGUUCUAUCGGUCCAGUCACUUAUGCGUCAUUGUGGGAUCGAACUUAUGACUGUCCAACUCCUUCCGAUGGAAUCAGUUCUGGUUUUUUGAUGGCGUCCUCACCUACCCACCCCUCCCGAACCAGUCCAUUAUGUACAAAUCGGGCUGAAGAGGGGUGGUAUGAUGCAAUGAUCCAUCGUAGUUCUACUCGCCUACGAGCCGUGUCUCAAGAAACUUUGGUUCAUGUCACUGACGUAUCAGAACUGACAGAAAACCAGUACUCCAGCCUGGCUAGUAAAUGUCAGUCUCCAGUUUAUGGAGGUGCUGUAGACGAAAACGAGAGUUGCAAAGCUGUACAAGAUUUGGACGUAUGCGAAGCAACCACAUGGAGUUCCGUGAAUGAUAAAGGAUCUGCUCUCGGUCUUGAAAGCCCGCCUCCGGUGACUCAAAUAAAUGACGGAAAUGUAUUUCUCAUGAUCAGUGAAAGAGAUUGUGAUACAGUAAACCAACCCGCGAAUGACUCCACCUUGACAGGUCCAUUAAUAUCGGAAUUGGUCCCAUCGAUCAGUAAUGAUCAAACAAAUGAAAAAAUAUCUCCGCCACGGCCUACACAAUCUAUGCUUCAUCCACCGGGACUUAAAUUAUGUCAAUGGAACAGAUCUGCACAACUGGCGAAUUAUGCAUAUCGUGCGAAAAGUUCCAGCUCCGCAGAGGAAUCAAAUACUCUCACACGUACACGAGGUCGGCGACGUUUUCUGCGCAAAUUGAAACGGACAGUCCGUAGUAUUUCGUCCGGGCGUAAAAAAUCCCUGGUCUCCGAUUAA